GGCGGCGGCGGGAGGACGGGCCUCAGCCGACCCUCCAUACCGACUAGUCUAAGUAUCCCUUUCACAGUUGAUUCCUGACAACAUCAGGAUACUUAAGUCUGCCACAUCACACCCUUUACAUCAACAUGGAAUGAGAGGCAUCUAGCACCAGGAUAUGAAAAGAAACCCUUAGCAAACGAUUCGGGCUUGCUAGAUAAGCUUUCAGGAACCAUACACGGCUACUGAAUGUUUCACAGUCUUACCGGACAGCAUAUCACUUCCAGCCUACCAAAAAUUGGAUGAAUGAUCCUAAUGGACCAAUGUAUUACAAGGGGGUCUACCAUUUUUUCUAUCAACACAAUCCAUAUGGUCCACUAUGGGGUAACAUGUCAUGGGCUCAUGCCAUAUCACAUGAUCUUAUCAACUGGGUACAUCUUGAUAUUGCUCUUGUACCAAACGAGCCUUACGAUAUCAAUGGGUGUUUUUCUGGUUCGACAACGAUACUACCAAAUGGUGAACCGGCGAUCCUAUACACAGGUGUUGAUGCCAAUUUACACCAAGUGCAAAAUUUGGCAUUUCCCAAAAACAUAUCGGACCCGCUACUAAAUGAAUGGGUAAAAUGGCCACUUAACCCAAUAUUGAGUCCUCCGGAUGAAAUUGACCCAUCCUUUUAUAGAGAUCCAUCAACUGGUUGGAUGGGUGCGGAUGGAGAAUGGAGGGUUGUGAUUGGAACUCGGAUUGAUCAUCAAGGAGCAGCUAUUCUAUACAAAAGUAAGGAUUUUCGCAGUUGGAAUAGGUCUCUGAGCCCGUUACACCUCUCUAACAUAACAACAUUUUGGGAAUGUCCUGACUUUUAUCCUGUUAUGCGUAAUGGGAAAAGCGGGCUUGAUACAUCAGUUACAUCCGUUCAAGGGAAGGACAUUAGGCAUGUUCUUAAAGCUAGUUUUAAUUACCAGGAUUAUUAUAUACUGGGAAAAUACGAUCCACUAAGUGACCGCUACGACGUUGAUGCUGACUUUAUGAAGAGUAAAGGGUGGUUACGGUAUGAUUAUGGGAGGUUUUAUGCUUCUAAGUCGUUUUAUGAUGGUGAGAAGAAGAGAAGGAUAUUAUGGUCAUGGGUUUGUGAAGGUGAUACUGCACCAGAUGCUAUCGAAAAAGGUUGGUCUGGCCUUCAGACGAUUCCUAGGAGCAUCUGGCUUAGUAAAAAUGAAGAUCAGUUGGUGCAGUGGCCUGUCAAGGAACUAGAGAAACUACGAACACGAAAAGUGCAUUUGGAGAAUAAAAAACUCAAGGGCGGGUCCAUGAUUGAAAUUUCUGGUAUCACAGCUUCACAGGCUGAUGUAGAAAUCACGUUUAGCUUCUCAAAUCUCAAACAUGCUGAGGUGUUGAGUGCUGAAGUAGUUGAUCCCCAAAUUCUUUGUACACAAAAGAAUGCUACAACAGAUGGCAAAUUUGGGCCUUUCGGUUUGCUGGUUUUGGCUUCGAAGGACCUUACUGAACACACUGCGGUCUUCUUUCGUGUCUUUAGAAUUGCUAACAGUUUCCGAGUGCUCAUGUGUGCUGACACAAGCAGGUCGUCUUUAAAACCAUUUAUCGACAAACCCAUCUAUGGAGCUUUUCUUGCACUUGAUCCUCGAUACGCAAAGAUCUCCUUGAGAACCUUGAUAGAUCACUCCAUUGUAGAAAGCUUUGGUGGAGAAGGGUUGGCUUGCAUUACAUCAAGAGUUUAUCCGGUACUGGCAGUUGGAGAACAAGCACAUCUUUAUGCAUUCAACAAUGGCACUCAGAGUUUGAGUAUCUCAAGUUUAAGUGCUUGGAGUAUGAAGAAAGCUCAAAUUGUCUAAUUCCGUAAGGAAAAGAAGAAAGCCUAUUAAAUAAACGAACCCAUGUAUGGUGUCUCAGAUCCAUUAGUCUCGAUAGCGCUAAAGCACGAAUCUACGACCAAAGUGUGUUAUGGAAAAUUUUGCAAUGAAAAUUUUAGUUUUGUUA